AUGACAGAACCAUUAGACUGGAGAUUUAGCCAAACAUUUGGAGGAAAAGGAAACGAAGAUGCUUCAGAUGCAAAUGUAGUUCCAGCUAUAGAGUUUGACCAAACUGGGGAUUUUAUUGCUGUUGGGGAUAAAGGUGGUAAAGUUUUACUUUUAAAAAGAACACAUGAUAAACAAUCAAGCAAGAAGAGCAAAUUACCAGAAUACAGAUUCUAUUCAGAAUUUCAAAGUCAUGAACCAGAAUUUGAUUACUUAAAGAGUUUAGAGAUUGAAGAGAAAAUUAAUAAAAUCAAGUGGUGCCCAAAACAAAAUGAUGCCCAAUUUUUGUUAACAACAAAUGAUAAAACCAUUAAAUUGUGGAAAGUUUAUGAAAAGAAAAUCAAACAAGUUUCAACAUCAGCAACAACAACUGGACCAUCUUAUAAUGGUAGUUUAGCAUCAAAUAAUACUAGAUCUCCGUCACAUACAACAUAUAUUUAUAAUAGCAGUGGUGCUCAUAACAUGAAUAAUAAUAUGAACAACAGCAAUAAUAAUAAUAAUUUAAAUAAUUUCAAGAUACCAAAAUUAACAACUAGAGAGACAGUAGUAACAGCAACACCAAGAAAAAUAUUUCAAAAUGCACAUGCAUAUCAUAUUAAUUCAAUUUCAUUGAAUAGUGAUGGUGAAACAUAUAUAUCAUCGGAUGAUCUUAGAAUUCACUUGUGGAAUUUAAAUAUUAAUACCGAAUGUUUUAAUGUGGUAGAUAUUAAACCAACCAACAUGGAAGAUCUUACCGAGGUUAUUACAUCGGCCGAGUUUCAUCCUACCUCAUGUAAUAUAUUUAUGUACAGCUCAAGUAAGGGAACAAUAAAGUUGGGAGAUCUUCGUUCAUCAGCACUCUGUGAUAACCAUGCCAAAGUAUUUGAAGAGUAUGAAGACCCAUCAAAUAAAUCAUUUUUCAGUGAGAUCAUUUCAUCCAUCAGUGACAUUAAAUUCAGUAGAGACGGUAGAUACAUCCUCAGUAGAGAUUUCUUAACACUCAAACUUUGGGAUAUCAACAUGGAAAACAAACCCGUCAAAACCAUUCAAAUUCACGAUUAUCUUAAACCAAAACUCUGCGACCUUUACGAAAACGAUUGUAUCUUUGAUAAGUUUGAAUGUACAUUGAAUCAUGAUGGAACUCAAAUGCUCACCGGUUCCUAUCACAAUUAUCUCCACAUCUACGAUCGUAACUCUAAACAAGAUGUCUGCUUAGAGGCCUCAAAACAAGCCACAAAAUCAAAAACAAAAACACUCACCACCAAAAUGAAAUUACGUUCCUCCAAAAAAGAACCAAAGAAACCAGAAGAUAUUCAUCCUGAUGCUAUCGAGUAUACUAAGAAAACCCUUCAUUGUGCAUGGCAUCCAAAAGAUAAUCUCAUUGCUGUUGGUGCCGCUAAUACCGUGUAUUUAUAUGCUGCUACUGAAAAUAAAUAA